CCCUGGUUGGUUCAGUAUGUUUCUUCGGCGCGAGAACCCAUAGAACUUUGAGUUAAAUAUUUCCGGGAGAAGAAAAUGGCGUUUGUAAACUCGGAGUUCAAAUUAUUCUCGGGAGGGACUGGGUUUUCUGGCAAUCCUUCUUCUGAGCCCCCUCCUCGUCCCCUACCUCCGCCAGUUGAAGUUCUUGCUUCUGAGGUUUCCUCAACUGUGAAAUGCUUGCUGGAGGCUGUGAACUUGGAUGACCUCACUUUGCUCAAGGGCCGGGUGAGUACAGAAGAGGUUUUGGGAGUUCCUGACUCUGAUUUGGUCCCUGGUGUAUACGAAGGGGGACUGAAACUUUGGGAGGGUUCGCUGGACCUUGUUAAAGCCCUCCGGUCCGAGAUUCAUAAGGGGGAAUUGUCAUUUAGAGGGAAGAAAGUACUAGAGCUUGGAUGCGGCCAUGGACUUCCUGGGAUUUUUGCCUGCCUAGAGGGUGCAACAGCUGUCCACUUUCAAGAUUUCAAUGCCGAGGUCCUGCGGUGUCUCACUAUUCCAAAUGUAAAUGCCAAUCUUACACAAACUUCACAAUCUACAGCAUCCAAGGACACCAUCCCCAUUUUUGAAACCGAAGUAAGAUACUUUGCUGGUGACUGGAGCCAAGUCCAUCAGUGUCUUCCUCACGAACACAACGAUGUAAAGGACACAGACAGUAGCUCAGGGAAGAAUCUAGUUUACGAGUACGAUAUAAUACUAAUGGCUGAGACAAUUUAUGUGAUCUCCGCCCAACAAAGUCUCUACAAACUCAUAAAGAAGUGCAUGAAACGUCCUGGUGGAGUUACAUACAUGGCAGCCAAAAAGCACUAUUUUGGAGUUGGUGGAGGAACCCACCAGUUUCUGUCUAUGGUGAAGAAAGACGGUGUUAUGGAUGCAAGCCUAGUUGCUGAAGUUGCUGAUGGCUCUUCGAAUGUCAGAGAAGUUUGGAAGCUCUCUGUGAAGAGUGGCUUAAAAUCUUAGCAUACUUUGCUUCGUAAGUCGUCAGCUGUAUCAUCAUCUGCUGAUGAAUUUGCAGCAAGCGCUUCUAUGCAACUUAAUAUCAUCCAAGAUAGUGGCAUAUGGUGCACAGAUUUAGACAAGGUAUGGUCUCCCGUUUUGAUAGGUCAAAUUUUUACACUAAGCGGGAACAAUUUUGUUGCAAAAUAGUGGCUUGAACUUGUAUAGUUGUAACUAUUUUCGCCGGAGUAGAGGAUUUAACAUGCCUGGAAUUGACAUGUUUACUGUCCUGCAACAAAUUGGCUGGUUCAUGCCCUUAAUGUUUGGACCAUUGCACUAUUCUCAAGUCUCAUCCCACUUGCCAUUUAUUAUUGCAAAGCAUUACUACCUUAGUACUCUCAAGUCCCAAUCCACCUACCUUAGUACUAAACAAUUAGUUGUGUGACAGAAUGAUGUUGAGAAACCGGGAAGCAACCACAAGCAAUAAUCGAAUGCACAAGACACACGAUUUUUACGUGGAAAACCCAAAUCGGGAAACACCACGGGACCUUUGUCCAAGUCACAACUCCACUAGAUUUUGGUGGGAUUACAAGUCCUCUCUCGACUGGCUAGAGGAUUACAAAUGGGGAGGUGCGUUUAAUAUCCAAAAACUGCUCAGCAACAGUCGGACAAGUAGGGAAUGCUGGGGUGAACCAGAAAAGUUUGGGUAGAGCCGGAUCUAAAUGUUGGCUAGGCAAGCGUCCUGUAGUAAGAGGAGUAGUUAUGAACCCUGUAGACCAUCCCCAUGGGGGUGGUGAAGGGAGGGCCCCAAUUGGUAGAAAAAAACCCGCAACCCCUUGGGGUUAUCCUGCACUUGGAAGAAGAAGUAGAAAAAGGAAUAAAUAUAGUGAUAAUGUGAUUCUUCGUCGUCGUAGUAAAUAGGAGAGAAAAUCGAAUUUGUUUCUUCCUCUUUUCAAAAAAAAAAAAUAGGAGAAAUUCACUGUGACACGUUCGUUAAAAAAAAAUCCUUUUGUAGCAAAUCCUUUAUUAAUAAAAAUAAAUAAGCUUAACAUAAAGGCAGAAAAAGAAAUCAUAGUAACUUUAACCUAUCUUAAUUCUCUUUUUUUACUGAUCUAGAGUUGUGGGCGAAUGACGGGAAUUGAACCCGCGCAUGGUGGAUUCACAAUCCACUGCCUUGAUCCACUUGGCUACAUCCGCCCCUAGAAGGCCCCGCUGACCCGAAGUGAUUUAGAAAGAUUCUUCUUUAUCGAUGGUGAUCGGUCAUGGUAUCCAUAGCGUUGCUUCUUUUUCGGCCAAAUCCUGAUUUCGUUUUCCUUCUCCCGGUCGUCGAGCCUGAUCGACUCGAUUCUUUUCCCUGCCCCCCGGCCUCUCACUUCGUUUCGUUCUUCUUCUGUAUUGUCGCUUGAAUGAAGACACCUGAUCGGCCCGACUUUCCCGAAUGUCCACCGCCGGCCCUUCUCCUUUCCGGGUCUGCUUUUUUCGUGUCGUUUCAGUCGUCGUGGUCGACGGGGAAUAAAGAAAUUAAUGAAUGUUCUUUUGGGAAAAUGUAUAAUAAUACACCUACCGAGACGAAAGCCAAAGGUGAGUCUCGUAGGUGGACGUAUCGAAUCGAAAUAAGAUCUCAGAUUGACAUCUUGAUACACUGAUUUACCAUAAUAAUAAAUAGAGUCAAUGGUUACUCCGCCGUGGAAGGAGCCGCUUCUUUCUUGCUUGAUAGGGGGGCAUUUACCAGCGCAGACUAAAAGUGCUCUCCGAACCGUGCUGGAUAGUCACCCAUCACACGGCUCUCGCUCAAACCCAACCUGUGGUGGAUCCCGGGGGACAAAGUAAAAGCGCUUGAUCUUUUGCCCCAUACUUUGAGAUGCUCCUCCCCGUCGAUCAAGCAGCGACGCUGCUCGUGAUAGUCUUAGCUUUAAGCCGCUAUCGUUCGCUUCGGAUAAGUCAAGUCUCUUCGGUCGGUUUGCUCAGGUGGUCUUCCCUUAUCUUCCCUAACGUUUAGAGUUGUUCUGGUUUGAGAAAGGAGCACCGGCCGAGCACCCUGAAUGAAUAAGAAAUGGACAGCAGAGGGAAUCAAUGAUUCUUAUUCAACCGAGUUGAAGCUAGCAACAUGUCGAUUACACACCGGAGGUUGGUAAGAACUGAGGGACAAUGCCCCCUAACCUAAGUAGGCCUACCAGCAAAGCAACUGUUGAUCGGGCGGGGGGCGCUUUGCUUUCGUGCAACGCCCUCGCAGCGGGAGGAGGCUGUUUUUGAAAGGAAAGGCCCUUUCUAUGUUAUUAGUAAAGCCUAAAUGUCCUU